AUGCCAUCGGAAUCCGGCAAAGUCGUCUGUGUCACCGGCGCCGGAGGUUUCAUUGCUUCUUGGCUUGUUAAAAUCCUCCUACAAAAAGGCUACACUGUUAGAGGAACCGUUAGAAAUCCUGAUGAUCCCAAAAAUAGUCACUUGAGAGAACUUGAAGGUGCAAAAGAGAGACUGACACUGUGUAGAGCUGAUCUUCUGGACUACCAAAGUUUGAGAGAAGCAAUCUAUGGCUGUGAUGGAGUCUUCCACACUGCUUCUCCUGUCACUGAUGAUCCAGAACAAAUGGUGGAGCCAGCAGUAAUUGGGACUAAGAAUGUGAUAACAGCAGCUGCAGAAGCCAAAGUUGGAAGGGUUGUGUUUACUUCGUCAAUUGGUGCGGUCUACAUGGACCCCGAUAGGGCCACCGAGAAAGUUGUGGACGAGACUUGCUGGAGUGAUCUCGACUUCUGCAAGAAUACUAAGAAUUGGUACUGCUAUGGGAAAAUGGUGGCGGAGAAAACGGCGUGGGAUGAGGCAAGGGAAAAAGGAGUGGAUUUGGUCGUGAUCAACCCAGUGUUGGUGCUUGGACCACUGCUCCAGCCAACAGUGAAUGCAAGUGUUCUUCACAUACUAAAGUACCUAACUGGCUCUGCCAAAACAUAUGCCAAUUCAGUUCAGGCAUAUGUUCAUGUUAAGGAUGUUGCACUUGCCCACAUACUUGUCUACGAGACUCGUUCUGCAUCUGGCCGCUAUAUCUGUGCUGAGAGCGUGCUUCAUCGCGGCGACGUGGUCGAAAUCCUUGCCAAGUUCUUCCCGGAGUAUCCCAUCCCCACCAAGUGCUCAGACGAGACGAGGCCUAGGGCAAAACCGUACAAAUUCUCGAACCAAAAGCUGAAGGACUUGGGCUUGGAGUUUACGCCUGUGAAACAAUGCUUAUAUGAGACAGUGAAGAGUCUGCAGGAGAAGGGUCACCUUCCACUUCCUACUCAAAAUGACGAAUCUAUUCGAGUGAUUAGUAGUAAUUAA